GUACUGUGUCGGUUAAGAAAAUAGAAGCAUCAAAGUUUGAACAAAAUCUAAACGUUCUCUCUCUCUCUCUCUCUCUCUCUCUUCGUGCCAUGUCGCUGCAGGCUCUGAAGGAAACUCUGAGACAUUGCACAACCCAGCAAUCACAAUCACAAUCACAACCACCUUCUUCUUCUUCAUCCCUUACCCAAACACACCGCAAUUCGAUUCUCCACUCUUCUGAUUCCCAAUUCCCAAUCCAUCGAAUACCCCCUAAAUCCUCUCUCUCCCUCCAGCUUCUCCGACUUCAAGAGCCAACUCUUCAACCCCACAUUCCCCUUCACUCCCAAACCCAAACCCAUCAACAACAACCAAAACAAGAACCAGAACAAGAACAAGAAGAACAAGAAGAAGAAGAGCCAGAGUUAAACAGGGCGAAAUUCUGCACAGCCAAAACAUCCCAGUUUCAAUUUGAUCACACUGGACCCUUUGAGUCUUUAGUGUUGUCUUCACAAGGAGAAGCUCCUGUUGUUCAGGUCCCUGCGUCUAUAAAUUGUAGACUGCUUGAGUAUCAAAGAGAGGGAGUGAAGUUCUUGUAUGGUUUGUACAAGAACAAUCAUGGAGGCAUCCUUGGAGAUGACAUGGGUCUUGGAAAGACCAUUCAAGCUAUAGCAUUUCUUGCUGCCAUCUUUGGUAAAGAAGGAGAGUCUGUUCUAAGUGAAAACUGGGUAAAGAAAAGAGACCCGGUAUUAAUAAUUUGCCCAAGUUCUGUUAUUCACAACUGGGAGGACGAAUUCUCUAAGUGGUCUAACUUCAGUGUUUCCAUUUAUCAUGGUGCAAACCGGGAUCUGGUAUAUGAUAAAUUGCAAGCAAAUGGAGUGGAGAUACUUAUUACCAGUUUUGACAGUUACAGAAUUCAUGGCAGAUCCUUUUUAGAUAUCAACUGGAACGUCGUGAUUAUUGAUGAGGCUCAUCGACUUAAGAAUGAUAGAUCAAAACUCUAUAAAGCAUGUUUAGAAAUCAAAACCCUGAGACGCUAUGGUCUUACUGGGACCGUAAUGCAAAAUAAGAUUAUGGAAUUGUUCAAUCUCUUUGACUGGGUUGCACCUGGAUCCCUUGGAACAAGGGAACACUUUCAUGAUUUCUACGAUGAACCCCUUAAGCUGGGCCAGAGGUCAACUGCUCCUGAUAGGUUUGUCCAAAUUGCUAAUAAGAGAAAGCAACACCUUGUGACAGUUCUUCGUAAAUAUAUGUUGAGAAGGACAAAGGAGGAGACCAUUGGGCAUCUUAUGAUGGGGAAGGAAGAUAACAUUGUAUUCUGUGCAAUGAGUGAUUUGCAAAAACGUGUUUACAGAAGAAUGUUACAGCUUCCCGAUAUUCAGUGCCUUAUAAAUAAAGACCUGCCUUGUAGUUGUGGUAGCCCUCUUACUCAAGUUGAAUGUUGUAAAAGGCUGAUACACGAUGGAGCUAUUUGGCCUUACUAUCAUAGAGAUAAGGAAAAUGGUUGUGAUUCAUGCCCCUUUUGCAUUGUCCUUCCAUGCCUCCUCAAGCUUCAACAGAUAAGCAAUCACCUUGAGCUGAUUAAGCCAAACCCCAAAGAUGAUCCUGACAAACAAAUUAAAGAUGCUGAGUUUGCUGCUGCUGUCUUUGGCCCUGAUAUUGAUUUAGUGGGUGGGAACAUGCAGAAUGAGAGUUUCAUGGGUCUAAGUGAUGUGAAAGAUUGUGGCAAAAUGCGAGCACUUGAAAAACUAUUGUUCUCAUGGAUUUCACAUGGUGACAAAGUUCUUUUGUUUAGCUAUUCUGUAAGGAUGCUGGACAUAUUGGAAAAAUUUCUCAUACGAAAAGGCUACUGCUUCUCAAGACUUGAUGGGUCCACUCCAACUAGUUUACGUCAGUCUAUAGUUGACGAUUUCAACUCAAGUCCGAGCAAACAAGUAUUCCUGAUAUCAACUCGUGCUGGUGGGCUUGGAUUGAACCUUGUCAGUGCAAACCGUGUUGUAUUAUUUGAUCCCAACUGGAAUCCUGCACACGAUUUACAAGCUCAGGACAGAUCCUUUCGCUAUGGGCAGAAGCGGCAGGUUAUGGUGUUCCGUCUUCUCUCAGCUGGUUCACUUGAAGAACUAGUUUAUACUCGGCAGGUGUACAAGCAGCAGCUCUCAAACAUUGCUGUCUCUGGAAAGAUGGAAAAACGAUAUUUUGAAGGUGUUCAGGACUGCAAGGAAUUCCAAGGGGAGCUUUUUGGAAUAUGCAAUUUAUUUCGAGAUUUAUCUGAUAAGCUAUUCACCAGUGAGAUCAUUGAAUUACAUGGGGCAAGUAAAGAACAUGGGCAUAAACCAGAACAAGAAGAAAAAAUAAAUCAUUCAGAAGAAACGGGUUCAUUAGCAUCAGAGUCUGAAACCAAGUUAUGUACUGAAUCUGGAACGGCUGCAACAAGUAAACCAGAUCUUGCAUUUGAAGACCUUGGCAUUGUCUAUGCUCAUCGCAAUGAAGACGUUGUCAACUCAAGACCAGGGAUUCAAGAGAAAAAACAUACCACCACCCGUUCAAAUGAUGGCCUAAGCGAGCCAAGCAUCUCUUCAGCCCACAGAAGAAAGAAACCAGACUGUGUAACUAAAAAACAGAAACUUCCUUUGAUUGAUGAAAGGAAGAGAACCCAAUAUAGCCUCCUUGCCCAGUUUAUGGGCAUGGGAGAGCUUGCAUUUAGCAAAUGGUUACUAUCAGCCUCUCCACUGGAGAGGGAAAAAGUGCUUGUAGACUACAAGAAGAAAAAGAAAAUACCUCAUGGUUGAAAAGUAGUUCUUGUGGGUCACAAAACAAAUGCUGACCUUCCAUGUAUAGCUAUUUACAAUCCCAAAACUUGUAAAUUAGGGUAACAUUUGUACAUAUGGAUGUAUAGUCAAUUUUCCUUUUACAA